AUGACUGAUCACAUUAACGCAGAAGACGAUAUUACCAUUUGUUUGCGAUCAAUGCAUAAAAACAACAUCUAUGUGGAUCAAUUACAACCAGAUGGAGAUGGAAUGGAUGUCUAUGAAUUCGACGAUGCUGGCGAAUGUGUUGAGUAUCUCCUGACAUUAAAUCCUGGAGAUGUGUUCGUUUUUCUUUGGCUUGGCUUCGGCUGGAAUCAUCUCAUUCCUAUCGUAUACGAUUUUGAACAAGUUCGAUGUGUCUAUCUCAGUGAACCCGUACAUCUAAAAAACACAUCAAAAGUCCAUGGUGUAUUUACUGAUGCUGAAGAAUUGUCAAAACAAGUUGAAACGAAUAUACGGAUUGUCACCGAGAUUUGUCGAUACAUUUGA